CGGGGGCCAGCCGGUCUCGCGGACCGAGACAGGUGAGGGGCGGCCGCGGAUGGCGGAGCAGUGGGAUCUGGACGAGGAAGGCGUCCGCCGCCUGGGGGCGUUGACUCUGGAGCAGCCCGAAUUGGUGGAGUCUCUUUCAUUGCAGGGAUCUUAUGCUGGAAAAAUUCAUUCCAUUGGUGAUGCCUUCAGAAAUUUUAAAAACCUCCGAUCCUUAGAUUUAUCAAGAAAUUUGAUCACAAGUCUGAAGGGUAUCCAGUAUUUGUGUUCACUCCAAGAGCUGAAUUUAUAUUAUAACAACAUUCCUUCAUUAGUGGAGGUGUCCCGCCUACAGCCUUUACCCUUCCUCAAAGAAUUAGAUUUGAGACUCAAUCCUGUUGUCAGGAAAGAUACAGAUUAUAGGCUCUUUGCUGUGUACACGCUACAAACUCUGGAGAAACUGGAUGACCGAGCUGUGCGAGAAAGUGAGAGAAAAGCUGCCAAGCUGCAUUUUAGUCAGUUGGGCAACAGUGAAAAUUUUCUUUUAGAGGUGGAAAAAAGCUCUAGGGAGAAGACAAUGAAAAACUGUGUGACAGACGAGAGCUCUACAUCAAAAAUCAAUGCCAAUGUUGAUAACAGAAUUGAAACUGACUCAAACAAAGGACUUUUUAUUCCCUUCCCUAACCGGGAAAUAAAGGAUUCCCUAACAAGUACUUCUGCAACCCAGGACAAUGCUAUACCAGAUCAGAAAUUAGACACUUUCCCACUGGGAACACAGGAAGUGGCAAGAAGGGAGAUCCCAAGUGACAAUCACCAGGAAGAUGAAUUCAGACGCUACUCUCCUCGUCAGUCCACAGUCCGAUCCCCAGAGAAGAUGACUAGAGAAGGGUACCGACUGUCUUUUUUGGACAAUAAGUCUUCAGGUUCUUCUCCAGAAAAGGACUUGAUACUAAAACCCGAUACUUAUCAGCUUACCCAUGAUGUCUCAUUGGGUAAACGUCUGGAUGUGGGUGAUUCUAGCCAGAUCCAUCCCUAUCAGUUACCUUCAGAUGUUUGUCUAGAAAAUUAUGAUAGUCAUUAUUCUCAAAAUCUAUGCCUGCACGGAAGUCUUGGUAAAAGGCCUCAGAGAAGCAAGAAUUACAGAGAAUAUAGCAUAAAGCCUUCAAAUGACACGAAGGCCACCACAUCCCAUUCCUGUGGAGACUUACUGACUUCUCUGUCAAAUCCUGACUCCGGCACUGGAAGGCUUUUGAAGCUUAGUUCAGAUCUGUAUGCCACAACCCAUUUCAACAGUGACCCUGCUCUGCUGGUCAAUGCAGAGCAACAAUUAUCUACCAGUAUCAGUGAUUUGACACCAGCACAUGGUUCUUUCCCAAACAACCCUGCCCUGGGAGACUCUCUACGGACACUGCUGUUGCCUACUGGGACCUCAGAACAUAGAGAGAGUUUGACCAAGAGAUCAUUAAGUCCAUCGAGGAGAGGAUUCAAACGGAAGGACAAUAUACUUGCUGCCCUGAAUCCAAAGAUUGGUUUCAGAGAUGCUACAGGGAGCGAGCCUCUCUCUAGUGACCUGGGCAGUUUGCAUGGUUUGCCAGGAAAUCACAGUCCCCCGAUUUCUGCCAGAACCUCCCAUGUGGCCACUGUCCUCAGACAGCUCUUGGAGCUUGUGGAUAAGCACUGGAAUGGCUCUGGCUCUCUCCUCCUUAACAAGAAGUUUCUCGGUCCUGCCCGAGAUUUGCUUCUGACUUUGGUAGUCCCUGCUCCUUCCCAGCAGUGGUGUCACUCACAUCCUGAAGACAUGUCAAAGACCUUCCGGAGAAGAGAGAUGGAAUUGAAGGAGGCUGGGCAUGUGGUCCCCAAUGACAUGGAAAGCUUGAAGCAAAAACUGGUCAGAGUGCUAGAAGAAAACCUCAUUUUGUCAGAAAAAAUCCAACAGUUGGAGGAAGGUGCUGCCACCUUGGUGGUGAGUGGGCACCAGUCACACACUUACGACGAUCUUCUGCGCAAAAACCAGCAAUUGAACAUGCAAGUGGCUUGCCUGAAUCAGGAACUUGCCCAGCUGAAAAAGCUGGAGGAGACAGUGGCCCUUCUCCAUGAAAGUCAGAGAUCCCUGGUGGUAACUAAUGAGUAUUUGCUGCAGCAGCUGAAUAAAGAGCAAAAAGGUUAUUCUGGGAAAGCACUCUUGCCUCCUGAGAAGAGUCAUCAUUCGGGGAGAUCAUCACCCUUUGGGAAAAGCACACUGACUUCCUCCUCACCAGUAGCACAUGACACGGGAUACGGAUUAGGGUGAUCGGCGCCCGGGUCUCUUACCUGCUUCUACUUGGUGGCUGUUCCUGCAGUUCGUGUUCGAUGGACAGAAGGACGCAAGAACGGACCUAGGAACGCGGGAGACCGGGCGGCUCCACAGCUCUGCUCCCUGCCGGCUCCGGGGCGGGACUGCAGCCCAGGCGGUUCCACCGUAUUAUCCCCUGUUUCUCGGUCUCCAUAGAGACGGGGAGUCCCACCCCCGGGGCUGUCUCGGUGGGAGAAUGACCAAGGUCACGCCGGCCCCACCCACUAGGCCCCGCCCCCUCCGCACUCCGUGGGGGCGGAGCUGCCGCUAUAGCCUUUUCCCGCAGCUCUCAGGGCAGCUCUGCGGCCUCCACCCUGGGGGAGACCGGCCCUCUGCAGCUCUGGACGUCCUCAGAUGACCCCCUAAUGGGAAGACAGCCUCAACCCGGGCUUCGCCCAAAGUUCAAAACAGGCCCCCACCUCCACAGGGGAGACGAAGCUUCCCAGAGCAGCAACCUAAGGCUGUUUGGGACCUGGAGCGGGCUGCGGAGAGGGGCGGCGGGGCGGGAGCGGAACGAGGUCCCUUCCCCAGACCACAGCUCUCCAAUUAACGUGUGGCAUCCCCGGCCACAACUCGGAGCGCUGGCAACAAGAGGGAACAAUGAGCGAAUCACGAGCCCAGCCCCCAAAUCCUGGGGCACCAACUGCCAUCCCAGCUGCAGGAAAAAAAGCUCCAGGACCCCUGGCAUCCGCGUCCCGUUCCGCUCCGUGUUGGCCUCGCGGUUUCUGCUCCCGCUGCGGCCUCCAGAUCCCAAAGCCUGCUUUCUCUCAGGUAUAAAGCCUAUCUUCAAGAAAAACCACCACCUCCAGGCAGCACUCCAAAGCCCUUUCACAACCUGAGCGCCUUCCGCCCAUGUGGACCUGUCCAUAUGGUAAUCUGGAUGGCGACUCAAAGUACGAGCACCGCCCCCCAACUGACAACGGUCCAUUAAGAAAGUAUGCACUUAAUCCACAAA